AUGCGGAAAAUCCACAUAUGCCUUCGCCUCGGUCAGGCGUGUCUCUAUCGCCAAACCGGACGCCGGUUCCAUGGAUUUCAAAAAGACCAGAAGAUCGAGGCUCUUGAGGCGAGGAUCAAAGAGCUAUUAACUGACCGCGCCGUGUCGGCGGAUACUUCCCGAGUACCGUCGGAGCGGGAGGCCAGUUCGCGAAGUGCCUCCAUCGCCGACGACGAGAAUGACAGGAAAGACGUUGUCGACCGGGAAUAUCUCAGCGUGGAGACGGCGCAGACUUAUUUGGAGGCCUUUAGGACCGUGAUGACUCCUCAUUUCCCUUUCGUGAUCAUCCCACCGGAUGUAUCCGUCAACCACCUACGCCAGGACAGGCCGUUCCUGUUCCUCGCGAUUAUUGCCACUGCAUCUUUCGAAAAUAUGCCGCUGCAGCGAUCUCUCGGGGCCGAAGUCAAGAAAGCUGUUUCUUCUCGCAUGAUCUUGAAUGGAGAGGUCUCUUUUGACCUACUUCAAGGGCUAUUGGUGUUCUUGGCAUGGUCGCAUUACCACACAAAGCCACAUCGCUACACGCAGUAUCUCCAACUGGCGAUAAGUCUCAUUAUCGAGCUACGGCUGGACCGAGCACCACAUACCAAAACGUGGAAAACGGGGCUCAAAUUUCGAGCCGAUGAGCCUGGAAAUCAGGAUACUUCUGAGCGGGCAUCCUGGAGCAAUGAUGAAAAGAGAGCUGUCAUAGGAUGUUACUACCUAUCGUCAUCGGUCGCGACCUUCCUUCAAAAACCCUCUACCUUCCCCUAUUUUCCAUAUAUCGAAGACUGCUGCCAGUCUCUCCACGAUGCAGGCGAGUAUUCUUACGAUCGAUACAUAAUGCACAUUGUGCAGCUACAGCAUGUCGCCGAGAAAAUAGAUCGUCUGCCCUCUGAUCAUGGGGAUGAACUGUUGAGACCCGGGUCUGGUAUAGAGCUCUAUGUGGCAGGCAUAAAAGACGACCUAUCAACCUUUCAUAAGCGAUUGACUUUCAAUAUCUAUGACUGUCCAUUUCUUGCGUUUCACUUCCACUCUACAGGUCUUUGUCUCUACCAAAUAGCUCUCAGCAUGACAGAUCAGCAACUUCCCUCUACAUUAAUAGCUCCACCUUCCCAAACCUGGCGUGAGGAAUUGUCACACGCAGCUGUCAAUGCAGCAGCAUCAAUUAUCAGUCUUUACAUCUCGCUUUCACCCGCGUUAGAGUUAGGCUUCACCAACACGCAAUGGAUACAACUGGGAUUCGCCAUGCUCGUUGAGUACCGCUAUACGGUCGCAGCUUCAAGCCCAGAGAGAACACAGGCGUAUCUUCGGACCCUGGAGUUGCUUCGGCAACGGGUGGAAGGCUUGUCAACGCCCAGCGUCGAUCACAAUGGGGAUCGGGAUGUCUUUAUCGAGUUCCGAAAGCGGGUUACUCAGAUACAGGACCGGCUUGAUGGGGGUAAGAAAGAUGACACACCUAGCGGCAAUCUCCACUUUGAGAGUUCAGUCGACAGUACUCAGGUUAUAAACCCGGAAUUUGCGCUUGAGGAUGUCGGCUCUGUAGAGUGGGCCGACCUGCCCCAGGAUAUGCUUGGGUUUAUGGAGGGCUGGCAGUCACUGGACGAUCUUCUCCUCAAUAACUCUGUAGAACAAUUUUUCAAUACCUGGACCUAA